AUGUUAGCGAGACGGUAUCUUGCGUGGAGAUUAGCUGUGGAGGCUGACCAUGAUGAGGAGCGACAGGAGCUCGUAAAGAGGCGAAAAUUAAAUGUGCCCAGCCGUAUCUCUGACACUCACUUUGUGCAGCGGUAUCGGCUAACCAAGGAGGGAUUUAUGUUUCUCUGUGAGACCUUAAGGGAAAAUACAAACCUUAGGGGUUCACAAAGAAUAUCAUUGGAGACUAAGGUACUAAGUGCGCUGUUAUUUUACGCCAAUGGGGACUACCAGAGAGUGGUUGGGAUUGCCAACUCUUUAUCACAAGAGGCAAUUAGCCGUUACAUUCAACAAGUAACAAUGGCUUUAAACCACCCAAGUAUUUUGAACAAGUUCAUUAAAUUCCCGAAUACACCAGCAGCUAGAGAACUUAUAAAACAAAAUUUCUACAACAAAUAUGGUAUUCCCGGAGUGAUAGGGUGUAUAGAUGGCUGCCACUUUAAGAUUGUGAAACCCAACAAAAACGAAGAACAUCUCUUUUACUGUAGAAAACAUUACCAUUCUUUGAAUGUUCAAAUGGUUGCAGAUGAAAAAUGUCACAUUUUGGCAAUCAACCCUAAAUUUGGGGGUGCUAGCCAUGAUGCCUUUGUGUGGGAGAACAGCCAGCUCAACACAUACAUACAAACAUUGCAUCGAAAUGGUGAAUCUGUGUGGCUUCUAGGUGACUCUGGAUACCCACAAAGACCGUGGCUUAUGACACCAUAUAAUAACCCUGCACCCGGUAGUGCAGGAGAAACAUUCAAUAAGUUACACAGCAGGGCGCGUGUAACUAUUGAAAAUACAUUUGGGCGCUUGAAAAAUAGAUGGAGAUGUUUGUGUAAGGAUAGGGUGCUCCACUACAAGCCGGAAAAAUGUGCCCAAAUUAUUUUAGCAUGCAGUGUGUUGCACAACAUAGCACUGGAUUUAGGAGUGCCAGAUCCUCAGGAACAAACAAUAGUUAAUAAUCAAGAUUUCCUUGAAAAUGAUGAGGUAGAGGAUGAUGUUACCCUGUUGACACUAGGGCGCUUAUUGCGUGAUCGCAUUGCCAGUAGGGUGCAUGCUGAAGCUGUU